UCCCUUCUCAUAACAGUAACUUAUAAUCUUACAUUAAUACAUACAGCCCCCUUAUUUACACAUAUAUUUCUUUUGUAACGCAGAAAAGUAGUUAUUAAAGAAGCUAUCUCAAAUACAUAAGCAAUAUAGUAGUAAUACUUAUGGAUUCAAAAUCCACUAGCUAUGAAACAGCAAUUAACAUGUCUGAAACAGAGUCCACCAAGCAAAAAUCAUCUUCUGGUGCACCAAUUAUAGCUACCACAAAGACCAUUUCACAUAAUCAGAAAGGAGGAUGGCGAAGAGGACUUAGCAUUUUCGACUUUAUUUUGCGACUUUGUGCCCUUGCAACUACUCUCGCUGCUGCAACUGCUAUGGGAACUACUGAAGAAACUCUUCCUCUUUUCACUCAGUUCUUUCAGUUCCAAGCUAGCUACGACGAUCUCCCUGCUUUCUCGUAUUUUGUGGUGGCAAAUGCUAUUGCAAGUGCAUAUGUUGUCCUGUCUCUGCCUUUCUCCAUUGUUUGCAUUGUUAGACCUCAUCUCGUUGGAGUCAAACUUUUGCUUUUAAUUCUCGAUACGGUAAUGGUGGCAUUUACUACAGCUGCAGCAGCUGCGGCUGCUGCCAUAGUGUACUUAGCAGAAAACGGCAACUCCACCACACAAUGGGUGGCGAUAUGCCAACAGUUUGGGGAUUUCUGCCAGCGAGUGAGCGGCGCAGUGGUGGCGUCCUUUAUUGCAGCAUUCAUCUUCAUCAUCCUUGUUGUUUUCUCUGCUGUGACUCUACGAAGGGCAUAAAAAUUUUCUGAAAAAAUUGGAUUUCGUGUCUUUCAUUUUGAUUUUGUUGUAAUUUAAUUGCAUGCGUCUUUGUCCUUUUGAGUUUUUGCUUAUUCACUUGUGUAAUUUA